AUGUUAUUUGGUGAAAAAAUAAAGAAUUCAUUUAUAAUUAUGGAAUCAUUUAUCAAUUCUCUUCCUAAAGCUGAACUUCAUAUGCAUCUAGAAGGUGCAUUAGAGCCAGAGCUUCUCUUAAAAUUAGCUGAAAGAAAUGGAGUCCAACUUCCUUAUACCUUAGAAGAGCUAAAAUCACGGCGAGAGUCUUAUGAAAAUCUUAUGGAUUUUCUUCGCGAAUUUAAUAUUGGCACCUUAGUUUUAAAGAAUUAUCAAGACUUUUAUGACAUGCUCUGAUCAUAUCUCUUAAAAUGCUCCCAACAAAAUAUUGUUUAUACAGAAAUAAUGAUAAAUGUGUGCAGAUACACUGAUGAUGUCUCUCUAAAUUCAGUUAUGGAAGCUUAUAGAAAUGCUUGUCGUAACGCUGAAGCACAAUUUGGGGUAAAAGCAAAAUUUAUUCUGAAUAUAUUAAAAAAUGCUUCAUAUGAAGCAAAUUUGAGAAUGGUAGAAAGCUGUGCUGCAUAUAAAGAUAUUAUAAUUGGUUUUGGAGUUGCAGGUGCUGAAGUUGUAGCAUAUUCAAGCAGCUUAAAGCCAAUUUUUGAAAGAGCUAAAGAAUUAGAACUUUGCGGAGCAAAUAAAACCAACAUUUGUUGCCAUGCCGGAGAAGAAGGAGACCCAAGCUACGUUAUUGAUGCUUUGUGCGGAAUUAAUGUUUCUAGGAUUGAUCAUGGAGUCCGCAGUCUAGAAGACCCAUUUUUAGUCAAAGCGCUGGUGAGCCUUCAGAUCCCACUUACAGUCUGUCCUUUAUCAAAUCAAAAGCUGAAAGUACUGGAUAGGUAUUUUGGAGGAAAUCAUGUAGUAGGUAGGAUGAUAGAAGAGGGAUUAAUGGUCACAAUUAAUUCUGAUGAUCCUGCAUUUUUUGGAGGAUAUUUGAAUGAAAAUUUCUUAGAAGUCGUUAAGAGUUUAAGUCAUUUAUCAGAAUCAGAAAUAAAAGACCAUAUAAAACAAUUAUGCAAAAAUUCGUUUUUAGCAGCAUUUAUUUCUGAUGAAGAAAAAAUGUAUUACUGCAACCUAGUUGACCAAGCUUACAGCCAGCAGUCAUAA